AUGAGCACCGCCCGCCCGCCCGUGGAGAGAGCGCUCACUAAUCUGGCGUCGGCGGCCGUCCUCUUUGGCGGCGCGGCGUGGUGGACACGGAGGAAAUCAACGGCCGAGCAGGGCGCGCUCGCAGAGGAGGCAGUCGCUACCGAGGAGGGGGGGAAUGGACCUGGCGCCGUUGCUUCGGCGCUACAUGGCGCGGUGCGUGGCCCCGGCACGCCUGCUGCAGUGAGCUCGGUCCCAGCUCCACCUGCUGCAGCAAUGGGCGUCGCAGACCAGCUCGAGUCGCUGUUCAGACUCAAGGCAGUCGGAGCGCUCUCCGAAGAGGAGUUUGAGGCUGCCAAGGCCAAGGUGCUGGCUGGCGGGCCAAACUAG